AUGUUGCUACCGAUAUUGCGGGUUUGGUCGAAAAGCAUAUCCACGCAGCCUGCAGAGACACCAACCUAUCGACUUUACAGAAGUGUUGAAUAUAUCGACAGAUACUGCCCUGGAGGAUAUCACUCCAUUGAAGUCAACAAAAACCUAAACCAGCGAUAUCACAUAGUUGAUAAGCUAGGCCAAGGUGGUUAUUCGACUGUUUGGCUUGCCCGAGAUCAGGAGCUCAACAAGUAUGUUGCCAUCAAAGUCGGCACAGCUGAUCAAGUCUCGAAAGAGAGUGUUAUUCUGCUCAAAAUGGCUGGCAGUCCCACCAACGAGUUCUCUGGUCAUCUCAUCACUCAAGUACCUGAUCAUUUCACACUUCAUGGGCCCCACGGCACACACCCUUGCAUUGUCACUGCACCAGCCAGAUGUAGCGUUGCCGGGUCGAUCAAAACUUCGAGAUACAACGCACUCCGACUUGAAGUAGCCAGGGCUCUGGCUGCGCAGCUCAUCUUGGCAACGGCAUACGUCCACCGGGCCGGCUUUGUUCACGGUGACAUUCAUCUCAGAAAUGUGUUGCUCCAAUUGCCUGGCUCCGAGAUCGACCAGCUCUCCAUCCAACAGAUUUAUGAGAAAUACUAUAAACCAGAGCCUUACCCUUUGGCUAGAACCGAGGGUCAGCUAGUUACCUCAACAUCCGUGCCAAAGAACAUCUACACGCCAAACUGGCUCGACAAACCGAGCGACGAAGUCCUACUACCCUCAGCCAAACUAUGGCUCGCCGACUUUGGAACAACCUUCAACCCUUCGCAGGAAACCAGAUUGAUGUCUUAUACCCACUUACAAAACCGGCCACCAGAAGCUAAGUUUGAUCCCACAAAGCCUCUUACGUUCUCCUCCGACAUAUGGAGUCUGGGGCUUAUGGUCUGGGAGGUCAUGGGUGAUGGGCCAUUCAUGAGUAGCUUUCUGUUCAAUUGGGACAAGGUAAUUGCUGACCAGGUCGAUGCACUUGGCCCGCUACCACGGGAAUGGUGGGAGAAGUGGGAGGCAAGGUUGAAUGAUUUUGAGGACGACGGGCAACCAAAAGGGGGGCGGGAAUAUUGGUCGCUUGAGAAACGCUUUCACAUGAAUAUCCAGGAUCCGAGAGUGGAAGAGGGCACUGAACAGAUGGAUAAUGAUGAGGCUCACGCCUUUUUAGAUAUGAGCAAAGGGAUGCUGCGCUCCAGACCAGAAGAGCGUCUGACAGUUGAUCAGGUUCUGCGAUCGGAGUGGAUGAGUAAGUGGGCUCUACCUCUUGCGGAGGAAGCUUGGGAGCGUAAACUUUCGGACUGAAGGGGAUCUGACAAGAGAAACUCAUUAUUUGAAAAUGAGUUCGAUAGUUCCGAUGUUGAUUAAGAUUUCGUUGUUAGUGAUAGACAAACCAGAGCACCCGUGCUUUACUAGACA